GCUUGUGACAACCGAACCGACAAGAAGCACCUCCAGCUCUUCUUCUGCCGCCUCUCUCUCCCGACUUACAACUUCACGUAACCCUCAAAGACCACCGGCAUGAUGUCUGGAGAAGCGUGGCUGUUCCUUUUGUCGGUGUUGAUCAACGCCGUCAACCUGUUCCUGCAGGUGUUCUUCACCAUCAUGUACAGUGAUUUGGAAUGCGACUACAUCAACCCCAUCGACCUCUGCAACCGCCUCAACGCCUACAUCCUGCCCGAAGCUGCCGUCCAUGGCUUCCUGACCUUUUUGUUCUUGAUCAACGGAUACUGGGUUGCCCUUAUUCUCAACCUGCCCUUGCUUGGAUACAACAUUAAGAAAAUUGUUGACAACACCCACUUGCUUGAUGCCACCGAGAUUUUCCGAAAGCUUAAUGUCCACAAGAAGGAGUCAUUCAUCAAGCUGGCCUUCCACUUGAUCAUGUUCUUCUUCUACCUCUACAGCAUGAUUGUUGCUCUCAUCCGCGAUGAGUCCUCGUAAACCGUGUUGAAUGACUGACGAUACUACCCUACCCCACCAUACGAUACCAUUAUCUCUGGCAGGAUCGAUAAACUAAACAUGACGGGAUCUCUGACGAGGAGCCGGUAGGGCAAGACACGAAUGGGAAAUGGGCCGUGGAUGUUUAGAACUACGACGGAGCUGGCAAAGCGGUGGAGCAGCUGUUGAUGAGAAAGAGACGGGCUUUACCUGCAGCUUUAAGCACAGCGUCUGGUGACAUACAAGCGCUUGGAGCUUAAUACAUUGAGGCGAUCUUUUUCUCUCUUUUUACGAGAGAUGAUUUUUUUCGCGGCUUGGGUUGCGCAGCCUCCUGCUUUGCUUAUUUUUUCCGCAGGAGGGCUGGCCAAAUUUGUUUGAAGCUAUGUGGAGUAAUGAUGGAAGCUUUGAGUACUAGGGAAGACAAAAAUCUAGUUAAUAAAGUUAAUUGUAAAUCUUG